AUUAGAACCCAUGACCUCUGGCUCCCAAGCCCGCGUUUUUUUCCUCUGAGACACGCUGCUUCUCCUCCAAACCGCUCUCUGCUCCCGAAUCGGCCUCCCCACGACGUCCCCGUCCCCUUGGUCCCGCCCCUUCACACUCUUCACCCCACCCCCUCACACCCUUCACCCCGUCCCCAGUCACUCACCUUGCCCCGCCUAGUCCCGCUUUGGCCCCGCCCCGUCACCCUCCUCCCGAUCCCCUUCGCCUCGAUCCCAGGCCGUGUUGAGCCCCGCCCCGCGGCUCCGGGGCAGCGAGCCGCUGUGCGGGGCUCUUGGAGGGAAAGGAAAGAUCCCGGAGGCGGCACGGGCCGGCUCUUCCUCGUCUGCCGGGGCGGGGUGUCGGUUGGAGCUGACAGCGGACUGCCCCAGUGGACAGUGUGGGGCUGGAGGAAGGUGGUUUAGGCCACGACCCGAGCAGGGGAGAGGGCUGCGGCUUGCAUAAACUGGGGGUUUGCAAAUAGCCGCCGUUUUCCCCCAUUUACCAGACUCUUCCCACCCGAAGAAGGCCGCCGGGUUCUUGAUGGAUAGAUUGAUGGUAGUGCGGGGGAGGGGUGCUAGAUGCAGCCUGCGCCCCGCUCCUGCGUGGAGCCCCAGGAGAUGGGCUGGGCCAGGGCAGGGCAGCUUUUGAGGCUGCAAAUGUGAAUCUGGUACACGCAGCCCCAUCUUCCCUGCAGCCUCUUGCCCCACUGCUCAGUGGCCCCAAAGUCUGCCUAUCCCCUCAUGCUUGUGGCCUGGGAUAGGGGCACAGGGAAUGAUGUGCCCCUUUUCAGCCUUGACCAAGCUGGGCCCUGGGUUCUCCUAUGUCCAGGGGGUUUAUUCAUUUGCGAGAAGGACUUCCCCCAAGGGGGUGGGGAGCAAGGGAUCUCUGACUUACAAUUAGCUGGGGACCCCGAGGGUCAGAGAGGUUGUGACCAGCAUGUGGUGUCACAGGCUUCCUCGAUUGGGAGUGAUCACUUCUUCCCUUUUCUUUCCCCGAGCAGGGUCCCUGGCCACAACUGCCAGCUGGCCUUCAAGAUGGAGGGAGACAGAGAGGAGAGGGAGGAAGAGGAGGAGGACGAGGAGCAAAGGGAGAUGGGGUCAGAGGCCCAGGACUUGGAGGAGAGGGAGCUGGUGGCAGGCACCUGUGCAGGAAAGAGCGUGUCACUGAGUAACGAAGAGGAGGAGGAGGAGGACGAAGAGAAGCAGCAGGCAGCAAUGGCAAACGGUGAGGAUCCUGAGGUGAUCGAGAUGGGCACGUACCCCAGUCUGUCGGAGUCCGAGAGCGUCUCUCACAGCCGGGGGGCAGGGGAGGAAGAAGAGGAGGAGGAAGAGGAGCCGGUCCCACCACGGGCCCUGGCCUGGAGUGCCCUUCCACUGGGAACCCAGCGCCGGGGGGCGGCGCCCUCCGGCCGGCCCCGUUUCCACCGCCGCCCUACCCCCAAGGCUGUCGACUUGGGCGAGCUCAACAGCCUCCUGGCCCGGCAGGUGGCCAGCAUCAUGGAGGCCCCCACCAUCUGCUCUGACUGCGGCGAGAGUUUCAGCCCGGGCCCCACCUUCCUCCAGCACCAGCGCAUGCACCGGUUGGCAGAGGCCGCAGCAGCCGCAGGGGUCCAGCCAUACGGCUUCGUCGCGGAGCGGGGCACCGGAGCCACUGUGGGGGGCAUCGGCUUCGGUCCCGGCCCGCCCCGGCCCCGGCCCCCCGGCGAGAAGCCCUACCGCUGUGGCGAGUGCGGCAAGGGGUUCAGUCGCAAUACCUACCUGACCAACCACCUGCGCCUGCACGCGGGCGAGCGCCCCAACGUCUGUGCCACCUGCGGCAAGAGCUUCAGCUGGCGGGCUGACCUGCUGAAGCACCAGCGGCUGCACACGGGCGAGAAGCCGUACGUGUGUAUCGAGUGCGGGGAGGCCUUCAGCCUCAGCUCCCACCUGCUGAGCCACCGGCGGGCACACGCUGCGGCCGCAGCCGGGGCCGAUGGCGCCGGGGCCCUGCGGCCCUUUGCCUGCAGUGAGUGCGGCAAGGGCUUUGCCCGGCGCUCCCACCUGGCCAACCACCAGCGUAUCCACACGGGGGAGAAGCCGCACGGCUGCGGCGACUGCGGCAAGCGCUUCAGCUGGCGCUCGGACCUGGUGAAGCACCAGCGCGUGCACACGGGCGAAAAGCCCUACAUGUGCUCCGAGUGCGGCGAGACCUUCAGCGUCAGCUCCCACCUAUUCACCCACAAGCGCACGCACUCGGGCGAGCGGCCCUACGUUUGCGGCGAGUGCGGCAAGGGCUUCGGCCGCAACUCGCACCUGGUCAACCACCUGCGCGUGCAUACGGGCGAGAAGCCCUUUGGCUGUGCCGAGUGUGAGAAGCGCUUCGGCGACUUCUCCACACUGACGCAGCACCAGCGUACGCACACGGGCGAGAAGCCAUACGUCUGCGUCGAGUGCGGCAAGAGCUUCAUCCAGAGCUCCCACCUGAUCCGGCACCGCCGCAUCCACACGGGUGACAAGCCCUACAAGUGCCCCGCCUGCGGCAAAGGCUUCCGCUACAAGACCCACCUGACCCAGCACCAGAAGCUGCGCGUCUGCUAGGGCUUGGGAUGGGGGAA